AUACUGGUUAUAAUGGUUGACUUGACAGCAGUGGUACUCGCUCAGACCCUGUGAUGGGACCGUAGUUAACAUCAGCACCACCACCGAGCUGCAACGGGUCUCUGUGCCCUGAUCCCUCAUCAUGCAUGGGGGCAAGAGAGGACUGGUGGCUCCGCAGAACACUUUCCUGGAGAACAUUGUCCGGCGCUCCAGCGAAACCAGUUUCCUGCUGGGAAAUGCACAGAUCCUGGAGUGGCCGGUCGUCUACAGCAACGAUGGAUUCUGUAAGCUGUCAGGUUACCACAGAGCUGAGGUCAUGCACAGGAGCAGCACAUGCAAUUUCAUGUAUGGUGACCUAACUGAUAAAAUGACAAUAGACAAAAUCAGACAAACCUUUGACAACUAUGAGUCCAAUUUCUUUGAGGUGCUGCUCUACACAAAGAACAAAACACCGAUAUGGCUUUACAUGCAGGUGGCACCGAUCAGAAAUGAGAAGGACAAGGUGGUGCUUUUCCUCUGCACCUUCAGGGACAUUACACUUUUUAAGCAGCCCAUUGAAGAUGAGUCAACAAGAGUCGGUUGGACGAAGUUCGCCCGACUGACGCGGGCACUGAGCAACAACCGCAACCUGGUGCAGCAGCUGGCACCGAUAAGCCAGACGGAGGUCAGCCACAAGCCGUCCAGACUGGCUGAGGCUCUCCAGCUGGGGUCAGACAUUCUCCCUCAGUACAAACAAGAGGCCCCCAAGACGCCGCCGCACAUCAUCCUCCACUACUGCACCUUCAAGACCACCUGGGACUGGGUCAUCCUCAUCCUCACCUUCUACACGGCCAUCAUGGUGCCCUACAACGUCUCCUUCAAGACCAAGCAGAACAACCUGGCCUGGCUGGUGCUGGACAGCGUCGUGGACGUCAUCUUCCUGAUCGACAUCGUGCUGAACUUCCACACCACCUUCGUGGGCCCGGCCGGAGAGGUGAUCUCGGACGCCAAGCUGAUACGGAUGAAUUACCUGAAGACGUGGUUCGUCAUCGACCUGCUGUCCUGUCUGCCCUACGAUAUCAUCAACGCUUUUGAACAUGUAGAUGAGGGCCUCAGCAGCCUCUUCAGCUCCCUGAAGGUGAUCCGCCUUCUCCGUCUGGGCCGAGUUGCCCGCAAGCUGGACCACUACCUGGAGUACGGAGCAGCUGUCCUGGUUCUGCUGGUGUGCGUGUUUGGCCUGGUGGCCCACUGGUUGGCCUGCAUCUGGUACAGCAUCGGGGACUACGAGGUCAUCGACGAGACCACCAACACCAUCAAGAAUGACAGCUGGCUCUGCCAGCUGGCCCUCAGCAUAGGAACCCCUUACCACUACAACACCAGUGGCACAGGCCAAUGGGAGGGAGGCCCCAACAAGGACACGCUGUACAUUUCCUCUCUUUACUUCACCAUGACCAGUCUCACCACCAUCGGAUUUGGAAACAUCGCUCCAACCACAGACGGCGAGAAGAUCUUCUCCGUGGCCAUGAUGAUGGUGGGCUCGCUGCUGUACGCCACCAUCUUCGGAAACGUCACCACCAUCUUCCAGCAGAUGUACACCAACACCAACCGUUACCACGAGAUGCUCAACAACGUGCGGGACUUCCUCAAACUUUACCAGGUUCCCAAAGGUCUCAGCGAGCGAGUCAUGGACUUCAUCGUCUCCACGUGGGCCAUGUCCAAGGGCAUCGACACAGAUAGGGUUCUCUCGAUUUGUCCCAAAGACAUGCGGGCGGACAUCUGCGUCCACCUGAACAGACAGGUCUUCAACGACCACCCGGCGUUCCGUCUGGCCAGCGACGGCUGCCUGCGCUCGCUGGCGGUGGAGUUUCAGACCACGCACUGUGCACCCGGGGACCUCAUCUUCCACAUCGGCGAGAGCCUGGACACCCUCUGCUUCGUGGUGUCAGGUUCACUCGAGGUCAUCCAGGACGACGAGGUCAUCGCUAUACUAGGUAAAGGUGACGUGUUCGGAGAUGCCUUCUGGAAGGAAUCCACGCUGGCCCGUGCUUGUGCGAACGUUCGAGCCCUGACCUACUGCGACCUGCACGUCAUCCGGAGAGACGCUCUGGUGAGGGUACUGGAGUUCUACACAGCGUUCGCCAACUCCUUCUCCCGCAACCUCAUACUCACCUGCAACCUACGAAAACGGAUCAUCUUCAGGAAGAUUGCGGACGUCAAGAGGGAGCAGGAGCGUCAGAGAAGCGAGGUGACGCUCUCCAUCCCCGAGGACCACCCCGUGCGAAAGCUGUUCCAGAGGUUCAGGCAGCAGAGAGAUUCUCAGACGCCGGGAGAGUCUCUUGCGUACCUUGAACACAACUGUGUGCAGGUGGAGCUGCAGCGCCACCACCACUCCGACUCAAACUCCUACACACAGUGUCAGACUGUAUCCUUGCAGCACCAGGAGUACAGCUCCAUCGUGCAGAGCAAUCCACCCUGCCCAGGAGGAGGGGAGGAUGCAGGCAAGGCUGCACCUCCACCCGCAGUUGUCCAGACUGAAAAGUCAGAACAGAGCGGCACACAAGAGGCAGCAGAGUCUGUAUUGAGGCCUUGUGCCGAGAUUAAACUUUAUCAGGUGGAUAACAGCUCUGCACAAGGCAUUGGUGCAGGGGGAGAGGCCGGUGGUGUAGGUGGUGUUACCAGCAGCAGAGGUGCAAGGGGGUGGGCAAAGUUUAAAAACGCCGCCUCUGCCGCACCAGCACCUCCUGCCGUCGAGCAAGAAAAGCAGACGCAGAAACCGGAGGAGUGGCCCAAAUGUUUGCAGUCGUCAGAACAUUUAAAAGUAGCCAGGAUUUCAGAGGAAGGUGGGGACACGGGCACCACAGAGGGGGGCAACAGUGCAGGAGAAUCAUGCGAGGAAACGAGCGCCCUGCACAAAACGGACUCCUGCGACAGCGGGAUUACAAAGAGCGACCUGCGCAUCGACCGGGCAGGAGACUCGAGAAACUCCUUUGAGCGAAUCCCGAUGGAAAAGAGCCCGAUGGAGAGAAAUCCGUUCGAGCACAGCCUCUGCGUGGAUGGCGAGGUUUCCCUGAAACACUCGUUUGUGCAGCCGGCUUCUGAACAAACGCUCCUGCAGGUGACGCUGCACGAGGCCAAGCAGGAGCUGAAGGGAGACAUUCAGAACCUGAGCGGCCGGCUGUCGGUCCUCGAGUCUCAGGUGAGCGAGAUCCUCAGGCUGCUGUCGGUAAAAAGGAGACUCUCGCUGCCGCCGACUUCGUCUCCGAAAGCAAGAGUCAAAGCUCAAGACUCAGUCGCCGCCUCCAGGUCGGUCACACGCAAAACGGAUGAUGGGCCUUUUUGAUUUCACCGUUUAAAACCACUCAAACUGAAUCUGUAUGUGAUGCUGAUGCAUGUCCUGCUGGCUCUGGCCUGCCAAAGAAAUUAUUUGAAUUGAAGGAGACAUAUUUUGCCUUUUCAGUUUGUUACACGGGUUGUUUGUGUGUGUAAAGAGUUGGUGUGCGGUUGACCAAUCACAGCAGAGUGGGCUUUACCGGGAGGAGGAGCAUGUAAAAACACGAUUUUCAGACAGAGGCUGAAAAGAGGAGCUGCAGAAUUAGAUAGUCUGAGGAAAGUGAUGCGUUUCCCAAACAUUAGAGCAUGUAAACCUUUUCCAGUAAUAAAAAUGAUAGAUCUGGAUAUGAAAAACACAUAAUAUGUCUCCUUGAAACACUUGACUGCAUGCAGAAAUCCCUUUCAUUUUACUGUAGCACUUCAAAACCCCAGGGAUUUUUCAAACUUUUUUGACUUAUGAGGUACUUUGAUGAUCGUGUGUAUGUUACAUUUCAGGAGCAACUAAUGGAAAACAAAUCAAAUUGAACACUCACUGUUAUUACUAGGACAUUAGUCCAUCGUUUUCAUCACCACGUAAAGCAACGUAUCACCCGUGUGAGACUCUGGUGAAGCCUGACAGGGAAUGAAGUAAAAAUAUGAAGCAGCUGAGGUCAAGAUGCGUUUUUAAAUAUGUUCUUUUGUAGUGUUUAUUUUUGGUAAAUUUGUCAAUUUCAUGAUCAUCCUGAACUUUUUGUCUUAACUCUCAAGAAAGCAGGACCAGCUCUGGCUUUUGUUAUCCUUGACAGACUGGAAGUGAAACACCCUCUAUGUUAAAUAAAGAAAGAAUAGGGUUUCUGAUUGCUCAUCCUCACUAGAGAAACAGAGGUGACUAUCUUUCUAUAACUCAGUUGUCAGGUAAUUAAUCAUGUGCCUUACAAUAUGACGCCUCAUUGUAGUGGAGGAUAAUAAAACUAUUUAUUUUUAUUCAUAUAUUUAUUUUCUACUAUACAUUAUGUCUGAGCUUCAUUCCCAUGCAUGUUAAAUAGAAAUGCAAUAAUGACACUUCAUUAAUUUAUAGAUUUUUGUUUGUUCAUUCUCAUAAUUUCAUUAUUUUGUGGUAUGAAUAUAUCAGCAGGUAAAGCAGAAAACUUACUGUAUAUUUCUAAAUGUAAUUUUGCCUCUUGCUCAGGUUGAUUUCUUCUAAUAUUUGAAUCUUUAUUUCCAUAUUGUGAUUUUAUAUUUGCCUGUUUAUUGAGUGGGAAUUCAAAUCCUGUUUUUGAAUCAACUCAGAUUAGAAAUAAUGGGUCACUAUGCACAAGUAGCUAUGCAAAUAUAAAUGAACUUGCACUGCAUUGAUUAUAAAAAGCAAUUCGCAUUAUUUUAUUAUUUUUGGAUGAAAAGAAAAUGUUUCUGUGUGGCUGCAAACCAGCAACUGUAAAGGAUGUAAGCAUGUGGCUGUUAUCUGAUGCAAUGUAUUUAUUUGACCUUCCACACAUACCCGACCCCUGCAUGCAUCCAGGGACCCUGACAAUGGUCACGUGAAUAAUGAAACAGAUGCCUGAU